AUGACACUCUUCGACCCACAUCCUGUUACCCAACGAAAAUCGCCAGUCAUGACACAUAGAGGUGACACGUACAACAUGGACGCCCAAGUUGGCGAAUCGUCGGCAUGUGCGACGGCACUGCUCUGCGGAGUUAAAGCCAAUUACGAGACUGUUGGUCUGGAUUCAUCGGCGCGUUUCGAGGACUGUCACUCUAGUUUCGAGGCGCGCGUUCCUUCGCUUAUUAAUUGGGCCCAGGAUCAAGGUAAAUCGACGGGGCUGGUUACAACCACCAGAGUUACACACGCGACACCGGCGGCUCUUUAUGCACACGCGGCCAGCCGUUACUGGGAGGAUGAUGGCAAAGUACCACCUGCUGCACGUCCCUCUUGCAAAGACAUCGCGCGUCAGCUGCUCGAGGACGAGCCUGGCUGUAACAUCACUGUGGUGCUUGGUGGUGGCAGACGCCACUUUGUAUCGAAGGUAACUUUGGAUCCUGAGGAACCGGAUAAAGAAGGCAGGCGACUAGAUGGUCGAAAUCUCAUUGAAGAAUGGUCCAGGAAUCAUCGUAAAAGAAAUAUAGCCGCAAAAUAUGUCGCUAAUAAGGAGCAAUUUGAAAAGCUGGAUCCACGAAGAGUGAACCGACUGUUAGGUCUCUUCGCUUAUUCUCACAUGGACUUCAACGUCGACCGAAACAUGAACGACACCGGCGAUCCUUCCCUGGCCGAGAUGACGAUUAAGGCGCUUCGAAUACUGGCAAACAAUCCCGAGGGAUACUUCCUCUUCGUGGAAGGUGGAAGAAUCGACCACGCUCACCAUUACAACAACGCUUAUCGCGCUCUGGAUGAGACCCUGGCGCUGGAGGAAGCUGUCGAGGCAGUUAUGAAGGAGGUCGAUCUUACGGAAACACUUCUCGUGGUAACGGCUGAUCACUCGCACGUGUUAACCCUCGGCGGAUUGGCGACGCUUCGCGGAAAUCCCAUAUUCGGCUCCGACAGCAAGGUGUCGGACGUUGACGGACAGCCCUAUACGACGUUGCUCUACAGCAACGGCCCAGGCUAUACGCAGCCGCGGAAUAUUCUGCAGGAGGCUGGGAAAGAUUCCAUUCAGACGGCGGGCGUGCCGAGGGCGUGGGCGACGCACGGGGGUGAGGAUGUGCCGGUGUUCGCCAUCGGGCCCCUCGCGGGCGCCCUGUUUUCCGGCAGCAUCGACCAGAGCUACAUCCCGCACGCGAUCGCCUACGCCGCCUGCCUGGCCCAUCACGCCAGUCGCUGCUCUCGGGAUCCCACGAACAACGCGAAUGCCAGCGACACAAUGAACGCCGCGCCGAUAAGCUGUCCCUCGGCGGAGCCGAACAGCGCGGCGAUAUCCAGCGAUGUGAUGAACGACCGCAUGCGAAAUCCACCCACGAAAUCCGCCGCCGGCCGUCCUUGCAGUUCGUUGGCCGGCAGCACCUCGCUGCCGCUGUUGCUGCCGCUCCUGCUGCUGCUGCUGCCGAUGCUGUUGCCGCUGUUGCUGCUGUUGUUACAGACGCCUCUGGUGUCUCUCGUUCCGCUGAUUCCCCGGUGUCCCUUCGAAAGGACGAGUUAAUGCGUUCCUCUGUCCCGCGUCCAAGGAGCAAAGCGGAGCUUCCGUCUAUGUA